GCCUUGGCCUCCGCCCGCGGGUUUUCCGCGGUUGCGGCGAGGCGGGGAAGGAGGGGCGGGCGGGGCGGGGCGGGGCCGAGUCUGCGACUAUUUCAGGCCUUGCGCAACUGGGGCCAGGACAGUGGCGGCCCGGCCAGGACACGGAGCCUGCAGGCCUGAACCAGGGUGAUGCUGAAGAUGAUGACCUUCUUCCAAGGCCUCUCGGGUCAUCAGCCUGUGCCAGGCACCCUCGACUUCCCUAGAAGCCCCCAAAAGUUGCCGUCCACAUCAGAGGCAGAGUCAGAGGCCUCCAUGUCGGAGGCCUCCUCUGAGGACCUGGUGCCACCCCUGGAGGCUGGGGCAGCCCCAUAUAGGGAGGAGGAAGAGGCGGCCAAGAAGAAGAAGGAGAAGAAGAAGUCCAAAGGCCUGGCCAAUGUGUUCUGCGUCUUCACCAAAGGGAAGAAGAAGAAGGGUCAGCCCAGCUCAGCGGAGCCCGAGGACGCAGCCGGGUCCAGGCAGGGGCUGGAUGGCCCGCCCUCCACAGUGGAAGAGCUGAAGGCGGCGCUGGAGCGCGGGCAGCUGGAGGCGGCGCGGCCGCUGCUGGCGCUGGAGCGGGAGCUGGCGGCGGCGGCGGCGGCGGGCGGUGAGAGCGAGCAGGAGCUGGUGCGACGCCAGAGCAAGGUGGAGGCGCUGUACGAGCUACUGCGCGACCAGGUGCUGGGCGUGCUGCGACGGCCGCUGGAGGCGGCGCCCGAGCGGCUGCGCCAGGCGCUGGCCGUGGUGGCGGAGCAGGAGCGCGAGGACCGCCAGGCGGCGGCGGCGGGGCCGGGGACCUCGGGGCUGGCGGCCACGCGCCCGCGGCGCUGGCUGCAGCUGUGGCGGCGCGGCGUGGCGGAGGCAGCAGAGGAGCGCAUGGGCCAGCGGCCGGCCGCGGGCGCCGAUGUCCCCGAGAGCGUCUUUCUGCACUUGGGCCGCACCAUGAAGGAGGACCUGGAGGCCGUGGUGGAGCGGCUGAAGCCGCUGUUCCCCGCCGAGUUCGGCGUCGUGGCGGCCUACGCCGAGAGCUACCACCAGCACUUCGCGGCCCACCUGGCCGCCAUGGCGCAGUUCGAGCUGUGCGAGCGCGACACCUACAUGCUGCUGGUCUGGGUGCAGAACCUCUACCCCAAUGACAUCAUCAACAGCCCCAAGCUGGUGGGUGAGCUGCAGGGUAUGGGGCUCGGGAGCCUCCUGCCCCCCAGGCAGAUCCGGCUGCUGGAGGCCACAUUCCUGUCCAAUGAGGCGGCCAACGUGAGGGAGUUGAUGGACAGAGCUCUGGAGCUAGAGGCACAGCGCUGGGCUGAGGAUGUGCCUCCCCAGAGGCUGGACGGCUACUGCCACAGCGAGCUGGCCAUCGACAUCAUCCAGAUCAUCUCCCAGGCCCAGGCCAAGGCUGAGAGCAUCACACUGGACUUGGGCUCACAGAUAAAGCAGGUGCUGCUGGUGGAGCUGCCUGCGUUCCUGAGGAGCUACCAGCGUGCCUUUAAUGAAUUUCUGGAGAGAGGCAAACAGCUGAGGAAUUACAGGGCCAAUGUCAUUGCCAACAUCAACAACUGCCUGUCCUUCCGGAUGUCCAUGGAGCAGAAUUGGCAGGUACCCCAGGACACCCUGAGCCUCCUGCUGGGUCCCCUGGGUGAGCUCAAGAGCCACGGCUUUGACACCCUGCUCCAGAACCUGCAUGAGGACCUGAAGCCACUGUUCAAGAGGUUCACGCACACCCGCUGGGCGGCCCCCGUGGAGACCCUGGAAAACAUCAUCGCCACUGUGGACACGAGGCUGCCUGAGUUCUCCGAGCUGCAGGGCUGUUUCCGGGAGGAGCUCAUGGAGGCCUUGCACCUGCACUUGGUGAAGGAGUACAUCAUCCAACUCAGCAAGCGGCGCCUGGUCCUCAAGACCGCCGAGCAGCAGCAGCAGCUGGCUGGGCACAUCCUGGCCAGUGCUGACACCAUCCAGCACUUCUGCACCCAGCACGGCUCCCCGGCGACCUGGCUGCAGCCUGCUCUCCCCACGCUGGCCGAGAUCAUUCGCCUGCAGGACCCCAGUGCCAUCAAGAUUGAGGUGGCCACUUAUGCCACCUGCUACCCUGACUUCAGCAAAGGCCACCUAAGCGCCAUCCUGGCCAUCAAGGGGAACCUAUCCAACAGUGAGGUCAAGAGCAUCCGGAGCAUCUUGGACGUCAGCACAGGGGCGCAGGAGCCCUCCCGGCCCCUAUUUUCCCUUAUAAAGCCCAGGGCCGCCGUGAGCUGGGUUCAGCAAUGCUGGAAUGGAAGACAGAACUGGAAGAGAAAGAAGGAAAAGAUGAACUCUCAUCUGGCAGGGGCUUGUGGGGUCCUGUGGUGAGCUGUGCGCACUGCCAGCAUUAGACGUCACAUCCAGAUGGCCCCACGGCCCCUGCAGGCUGGCCCUGCAAUGGGGCCCUGAGCCCUCCCUCUUCAUCCCCCAAGGCCUCAACCAGAGGCUGGUCCCCCAAGGCCUUGGUGUCCACUACAGAAGGGCCCAAGACCUCCUGGGUCAUCUCAGGCUCCCCUUUCCCCAAGGCAGGGUCAGGCCCUGGGGGUGCCACUGUGGGCCCUGCCACCCAGAAGUCUGGCUGAGGUCUGGGCAGGGGCAGGGCAAGCUUGACCUCUCACUGUUGACCCUUUGGCCUCUGUAUUUGUUUCCUAUUGCCGUGACAAGCUUCCACAAACUUCGUGGAUCAAAACGAGGUCUUCCAGUUCUGCGGUUCAGAAGGCUGACCCGGGGCUAAAAUCUGGGUGUCGGCAGCCCUGCGCUCCUUCUGGAGGCUCUAGGGGAGAAUUCGUUUCUGGCCUUUUCAUUUUUAGAGGCUGACCAUAAUUCUUGACUUCAGGCUCCUCCAUCUUCAGAGCCAGCUGUGGGUGGUUGAAUCUUUUCCCGUCACCUCAUUGAGACCUCCCCUCUCCUGCCUCCCUCCACCACUUUUUUUUUUUUUUUUGAGACAGGGUCUUGCUGUGUUGCCCAGGCUGGAGUGCAGUGGCCUGGUCAUGGCAUCAAGGCUCACUGCAGCCUGGAUCUCCUGGUUCAAGUGAUCCUCUUGUCUCAGUCCCCUGAGACAAUCCCCCACGCCCAGCUACAUACUUUUUGUGGAUACAGGGUCUCAUUCUGUUGCCUAGGCUUGUCUGGAACUCCUGGGCUCAAGCGAUCUUGUAGCCUUAGCCUCCUAAAGUGCUGGGAUUAUAGGCAUGAGUCACCGCACCCAGCCUGCUCUGCUGCUUUUAAGGAUGCUUGUGAUCACAUUGCGCCUACCCAGAGAACCCAGGUCGUCUUUCUAUUUUCAGGUCAGCUGAUUAGCCACCUUAGUUCCAUCUGCAACUUUAAUUCCCACUGGCUGUGUAACCUAACAUAGUCACAGGCUCUGGGGACUGUCACGUGGACAUCUUUGGGAGGCCAUUAUUCUGCCCACUGCAGCCUCCGUUCAUCCCCUGCCCUGCAGGGCACCUCGCUCUACCCCAGGAAAAUGUGAGCUCGUUUUCCUGCUCGGCAUGUGCUACCCCUAAGGCUCUGCUCCUCCCUGGGCUGGAGAGUUCCUUCUCAGCCUGAGAGGGAGCCCUUCGGACUCAGGCAUGACUCAGCCCUGCUGAUGCCUCUGCAGUGCUGAGUCGGGAUUUGGGGCCGGCUCUCUUGGGUCCGUCCCCUUUUCCCAGGUACUGCCUUACAAAGCUGUGGCCGGGAACUGGCCGGUAUAAAUGAUGCCCAAGGUCUUUGUACAUGUGUAGGAGUUAGCGUGUUUGAUAUUGUUAAUAUUAGAAUAAUUAUUUUUUAUAGUACUGCUUUUGUAUGUAUGUUGAACAGGAUCCAGGUUUUUAUAGCUUGACAUAAAACAGAAUUCAAAAGUG